CCGACUGCGUAUCUCGCUUUCUACACGGUCUCUGAUGUGUGUAGUCCACACUUGAAACAACAUUAGCUAGCGCUGUCACUGAAGUAAUAACAUCUGUACCUAGUUUAGAUGCUCUGGGUUGUGUUAAGUUAGACACUAUUGGUAGCAUCAAAUUAGCUAACAUCAUGGAUUUCAAUGUGAAGAAAUUUGCUUCGGAUGCAGGAGUAUUUUUUACAAGAGCUGUACAGUUCACAGGGGAAAAGCUUGGACAGUCAGAGAAGACCGAGCUGGAUGCCCAUUUCGAGAAUCUGCUCAGCCGUGCUGAUUCCACAAAAAAUUGGACAGAGAAAAUUUUCAGGCAAACCGAGGUUCUGCUGCAGCCCAACCCAAUCGACCACACUGGUGCCCGGAUUGAAGAGUUCUUAUAUGAAAAGCUUGACAGAACGGUUCCAUCCAGACCAAAUAAUGGAGAACUCCUUGGUCAGUAUAUGCAGGAUGCAGCGAAAGACUUUGGUGUUGGAACCCCAUAUGGCAGCACCCUGAUGCAUGUGGGCGACUGUGAGAGGAGACUGGGCAGUGCACACAGGGAGUUCCUACAGACCUCCGCUAUCAGCUUCCUCACCCCUCUCAGGAACUUUCUGGAAGGGGACUGGAGGACCAUCUCAAAAGAGAGGCGUCUCUUGGAGAACCGUAGACUGGACCUGGACUCCUGUAAAGCACGGCUGAAGAAGGCAAAACUAGCCGAGUCCAAGGCAGCGUGUGAGGGAGAAGCUGUGCCUGAUUUUCAGGAAACCAGGCCCAGGAAUUAUGUCCUCUCUGCCAGUGCUUCUGCGCUCUGGAGUGAGGAGGUGGACAAAGCGGAGCAUGAACUUCGAGUGGCCCAGACUGAGUUUGACAGACAGGCAGAGGUCACCCGGCUUCUACUGGAGGGUAUCAGUAGUACCCACGUAAAUCACCUUCGCUGCCUGCAUGAGUUUGUGGAGGCCCAGACAGCCUAUUACAAGCAGUGUCACCUGCACAUGCAGGACCUGAAAAAGGAGCUGGACAGUUCAAAUGGAGAUGUGUUCCCCAACGCCUUUGCUGGUAAACCAGGCCACUCCAUGGCCUCUGAUGGCUCCUCUUCUCCAGGGAAGGCCGUUGACCCUCUGGACGUCGCCAGCACCGUGGAGACGGACACGCUGAAGAUCGAGGAGGUGCAGGCUCCUGCCACAGGCACACGCAAGGCCAAGGUGCUGUACGACUACGACGCCGCCGACACCAGUGAACUCUCACUACUGGCUGACGAGCUAAUCACAGUUUACACAGUACCAGGCAUGGACUCUGACUGGCUUGUUGGAGAGCGAGGAAAUCAGAAAGGGAAGGUGCCUGUAACAUACCUGGAGCUGCUCAGCUAAAGAAACGACAUAUGUACAUGCAUACCUAAAUGGACAAACACACUUUAUAUUAUACUAUCUUUGUCAGGAACCCAAACCUUAUUAUUAUUUGAAAUGCCCGUUUCCAUAAUGGUAACCCCAAAAACCUGACCUUAAUCUAGAGAAUUAGCCUUUCACCUCAUGGGGUCUUGUGAAAUGUCCGCACAAGGUCAUGUUUUCCAUCCUUUACUGUUCUGUUGUUUGGUCCCCACCAGGAUAGUAAAAUAUAUACACAAACACUUAAACCAGAUUGCACAUGUCUACAAUCAUGCAGAUGUUGACAAAUUCAGAGACUGCAUGUGAACAUUGCUGAAUAUGAAGGGAAAUGUAUAACAUUAGAUUAAAGUUUAUCAUGACAACUUGGCUGAACAUUCUGAAAUGUGUGAUGUUUGCUUAUUGAAAUGUCAUGUUUUACUGACAAUUUUUGGUUUUGCUUCUGGUUCCGUCUCAUAGUCAAAUCUCCACAUAGCCUGACAUCUUUAUAGUUGCCACUCGCACCAUUUUAAACAUUAAUAUGCACCAAGCUUUUCCAUUCCAAAUUCACUAAAAUGUCAAACAUUUUAUUAAUCCAGUGGACCUGUGGUUAGUCCACAUUCCUGUUAUUUUCCUGUUUAUCUCUGGUGAGUCCACAUUCCUUCUGGCAUCAUUCUGCACACCUCUGCUGCUAUCUGGCACUGAGACAUUGAAUACCUGUUUGCCCUGCUUAGACAGUAAUGGAAAUUAAAACAUUCAUAAAGCAAAGUUUUGAAGCACUCCUAGUCUUUUCCUAACUGCCUUAAACUUUUGGAGAGAGCUGUCUGUCUGCUAGAACUCAUAGAAUGUAUUGUACUGUAUUUUCACACUUUCUUUUGAUGACAACCAGCCAAACAUUUUGGCAUGUAAGACUAACUAGCUAUUUAUUUUAGUGCAUGUUAUACAUUAUCCAAUUUGUGUGCCUAUGUUUGUUAUUUAAAAUGUGUCCUUUUGCUGUUGUGUUUCUGUAACAUGUCACUGUUUCUUAAGUUUAAUGUCUUGUCCGAUCACGUCUCUGACAGCUUCAGACCUUGGCUGCUGCAUGUGCUUCUCGGUGGAUUUUAGGUCAGACUGUAUCCUGUUCCCUGCAACGACUACUUUUGUUAUUGUAAUCCUAAGUUUUAAUGCCUGUAUUAAUUUCUCACAGACCAUUUUUGUCCCAAAGCAAACAUAAGUGUGCAUCCACACUGUCAAGGUUUAUGUCCUGUUUUACUCUUUUCUGUUUUCAGUGUAUUUAUUGGCUGUUCCAAAUCUGUUCUGACUGAAAAAAAUAUAUAGAAUGUAAUAAAUUAUGCUUUAUUUGGA